GCGGCGGCCGAGAUGAUGGCGGAGGGCGGCGGCGGGCCGGCGCGCAGGAAGGCGCUGUCUCUGCUGGAGGCGGCCCGAUCCCGCUACGAGAGCCUGCAGAUCUCCGACGACGUCUUCGGGGAGUCGGGCCAAGAUAGCAGCGGGAACCCCUUCUACAGCACCUCGGCCGACUCCCGCUCCGCCGCCUCUUCCCAGGACGAGGAGGACGACGAGGAGGACGAGGGGCGCCCGGGGGCGCCAAGCCCGCGGGGCAGGGCGGCCCGGCGCCGCUCUCCCCGGGCGGCGGCCACACCGGCGGAGCGGCGGCGGCAGCGGCAGGUCUGCGGCGGCAGCGCCGUCCCGGGCGGCCCCGGCCCUAUGGAGGAGGAGGAGGAGGAAGCGGAGAAGGGGGGCUGGACCCGAUCGCUACGAGACGUCCCACCCCCUCCCUUCAAGGAUGGCAGCGGUCCAACACGAAAAAUGCCCCUGACUGCCAGUGCCAUGGACUUCUUUCAGCUCUUUGUCCCUGACAAUGUACUAAAGAAUAUGGUGGUCCAAACCAACAUGUAUGCCAAGAAGUACCAGGAGAGGUUUGGUAGUGACGAUGCCUGGAUUGACGUCACCUUGACAGAAAUGAAGGCCUUCUUAGGCUACAUGAUAUCAACCAGCAUCCACCACUGUGAGUCUGUUCUCAGUAUCUGGAGCAGCGGCUUCUACAGCAACAAGAGCAUUGCGCUUAUCAUGACACAAUCACGGUUUGAGAAGAUCCUGAAAUACUUCCACAUUGUGGCCUUCCGCUCGAGCCAGACAACGCAUGGCCUCUACAAAAUCCAGCCUUUUCUGGACUCUCUGCAGAAUGGCUUUGACUCUGCUUUUAGACCUUCACAAGCCCAGGUACUACAUGAGCCCCUCAUUGAUGAGGAUCCUGUUUUCAUUGCUACCUGCACAGAGAGGGAGUUGCGCAAGAGGAAAAAGAGGAAAUUCAGUCUCUGGGUUCGGCAGUGCUCAUCCACUGGUUUCAUCUGCCAGAUUUAUGUCCAUCUCAAAGAAGGGAGUGGUGCCGAUGGGCUGGAUGCUUUAAAGAACAAACCGCAGCUUCACAGUAUGGUGGCUAAAAGCCUUUGUCAGAACGCCUCUGGGAAGAACUACAUCAUCUUCACAGGCCCAAGCAUUACCAGCCUGAAUCUCUUUGAAGAAUUUGAGAAGCAAGAGAUUUACUGCUGUGGGUUGCUGAGCACCAGGAAGAGUGACUGCACAGGCCUACCUCCAUCCAUGCUGAACAAUUCUGAAACUCCACAGUCCAGAGGGCAGUACAGAAUAAGAAUGAAGGGAAACAUGUCCUUGAUCUGCUGGUACAAUAAAGGGCACUUUCGUUUUCUGACCAACGCCUAUUCACCGGUUCAACAAGGAGUUAUAAUUAAGAGAAAAAGUGGAGAAAUUCCAUGUCCAUUGGCAGUUGAAGCCUUUGCUGCUCACCUUAGCUAUAUCUGCAAAUAUGAUGACAAAUACAGCAAGUAUUUCAUUUCUCACAAACCAAACAAGACCUGGCAACAAGUAUUCUGGUUUGCCAUCAGCAUCGCCAUAAAUAAUGCCUACAUCCUCUACAAAAUGUCAGAGGCCUACCAUGUGACAAGGUACAGCCGUGCACAGUUUGGUGAGAGACUUGUAAAGGAGCUUCUGGGCUUGGAAGACACCUCACCCUCCCAUUGAUGCAUUGUUCCUGGUGGCGUAGGCAGAGGCUGAAGGGUAAGCAGAAGAUACCACAUCUGGAGCAGCAAAGCAAGGAACUUGUGACACUACCAGUGCUGUCAUCCAAAAAUGCCAAGUGAUGCCACUAGAGAGGUGGAAACUUUGUUCCUAAUAGCAGCUGGAUGUAGACAUGUUGUGCAGAAAGUGCCACUGGAAAAGCUGACACAAAAUUGCAUAUGUGAAUGCCCUGUGGGAAUCUGUACACCCAAAAAAGACUUAAACUAGUUGUCAUCUCAAUACUAUUUGUUGAACAGGGUCAUCUUGUAAAGUUACUCUUGGGCCAAGAGCUUGUCGUAAGCUGGCAUAGCUCAGCAGUCCUAGACAGGUAUUAUGGAAAACUCUUUAGCAUACUUGGAGUUACUAAAUUCUGGGACAAGCAAUGUAAGUCUGCACCAUGGGCUGUGGCUGGGAGUGCCUGCCAUCCUGUAGGGCAUUGCUGCUGUCCUCCCAGUGUGAUAAACAGAGCAGUUCAGAUACAUGAACACUGAAGCAAGCAUAUUGACAAACAAAACCUUCACAGGCAGGCAGCCAGGAACUGAGGACCAGUCAAGAUUUUUUCUUUCUGUGUUUUUUUUUCUUUUUCCUGUUUUUAUUAAUGUCACCUAAGGCAAUUUGAUCCCAGUUAGUACACAGAAAAAUUAGGAGAAACCAAAUACAUCAGUGAAUUUAAAAUGAAAAUACGUUAUAUUGAUUUUCUUUUUUAACCAGGACAAAACAUUUUAUACACAAACACCCAGUGAUUAAUACUGUAAGUAUUAACAAUGAGUAAACCAUUAAGUAAAACUGCCUCACAUCUUAACUGCCACGGUCAGUGUACAGGUGAGAAAUCAGAGUAUAACAUCUGUAUUUUUUCUUGAUUUCAACUGUAUCUUAAAUGUUGCUUAAAAAGCUAAUCUAAUGGACUGUUAAGGUUUUAGGAACAGCAGUUUCUUGCUUUUUACUUUGUAACUGUCAAGACUUUUUUGGUCCAGUUUAGAACUCUAUUUGACACACAGUUGGCAGGAAAAAAAUAAGUCACUAAUAGCCGUGUGUUUCCCAUUAUCACUGUGGUGUGUUCUGUAGGAAUUCUUUUAGUUAGAAUUCAGGGCUUGUUACAGUAGCUGUAAUUGAGCAGAUUACAUGUUUAGCAAAAUAACAUAGCAUCGUGUUUUACAAAAAGAAGUCCAGUUGCAACCAGACCUUAAACCUCACUAAAACAGAGCAAGCCCAAAGAGUUCUGUUCUUAGUAACACUGUAGAGGACAAGCAUCGUCGUGAGCUGGUGGCCAAGCCUGAAAUGCCACAUUUUGGUGCUGGUGGAAUCUGAAGGCUGCUGGAGCUUCAGAAAACAAUACCUAGAGAGAGAGGUAUGACUGAAACAAGGGAGAAUUGAUACUGAAGUGAAAUGCUACCCUGCCCUCUACACUUUAUUGAUUUCAGUCCACAACUCAAUCAGCAAAAAACUCCAUGUUCUAAAGGUUAGCAGUGACAAACACAAACAGAAUUGCAUUAACUUAUGGGGCAGAAACCAUGUUGCUUAGAGGACCACCUGGUUUUAGGUCCCCAAGCCUGAAAAGUUUUACUGAAGAAUGACUUGAGUUGAUUCAAGAGGAAUGGAGUGAUCAACUGAUUUACUGAUUUAUGAUUUACAAUCAUAAAUCACCAGGUUAUAUGUAUCUAUCUGGCAAGAGGCAAUAGAUGGUAACCAACGUGAAUUUGAAAAUUCCCGAGAUUUCAUCAUUAUGCAAUGUGCAAAUGCACAGCAUGUAAAUAAUAACAGAGAAAGAAUGGAGCAGGGGUUAGUAAAUUAAUGACUAGCCCAUAGAGUAUCCUUGCACUGAUACCUUUCUGUUUCCACCAAAGUCUUAUUUUUUGGAGUAGACUUAGAGGCAGAUCUCACCUGGUUGCAGGGAGAGUAAGAGAAUGGCCAUCUCCACAGUGAUUCUGCUUGUCAUACAGCCUGGAGCCUGUCCCACGUGUCCUGCUCUGCCUGCCGGCUGCACAAUGUACAAGAGCGGGAUUCCUAAGCAUCCCUUUUCGCUUCUCAGUCCACAAGGUCUCCUCCCAGGAAACAUGGGAGAAAGGACAAAACCUUGUGCACUGAGGCCUCCUAGCCUCAAAAGGAGGGAGAAGGUUUGCACCACUCUAGUCCUUGGCAAUGCCAAGCUGCAUAGGAAGCCAAGGAUGAGUUCAGAACUUCUUAGCCCCACAGAGAACUGAGAACACCCCUCUUCAGACUGUGUGUGAUAGCUGGUUAUUGUCAGUCUUCUAAGUAUUCAGAGAGAGGAGCUAGCCUGAAGCAUUAAAAACAAAUGUUCAGCAAUAUAAGCCCACAGCUUCCUUUUUUCAGGAAAUUUCACAGAGGUACCAAAAGGCAAAUGGUGUUCUUAUUGCUCCCUGCUUCAGACAAUGCCAGCUGAUAUUGGAUUAAGAAGAGUAGCUAAUAGUUCAUUAUAUCCCAUAAAUUUAUAUGGUAGUCAAGAUUGGGGCAGUAAGGAAAGGUCUGGCUGGAACUUUGCUGGUGGGAUGGCUUGAAUGAACAGUAUCUGCUUCCUUGCAUUCCCCUGCCAUGCUGGAGCAUUUGCAGGGUACCUGUACCCCAGCAGAUAUGGGAUGGUUUGCAAGACCACCUCAGAGCCACUUGGCAUUUCCUGAGGAGUAGGCAGAGCACUCUCCAGCUAUAUUGUGGGCCCCUGGGAUAAACCUGGAGCCCUUGGCCAAUUGUUAAAUUACUAUGUAUGCUUAAAGGCCUGGAUCUAGGCCACCCCAUACAGAAAAUGCCUUUUCUUUUUCAGGUGAAAGUAGGUCUGAGGCCUUGGAAUAUUUAAUUUUUCACUAAUGUAUGCUGUUAAUUAUGUGGAUUACUUGAGCUCAAAUCAUGAGGUCCUAGCUUUUUGCCUCAGGGACUGGGUCCUGAGUAGUUUUCCCUAGAAUUGGUGUUGACGGGGGAUUACACAGUGGCUGACUAUUACAGGGAAGAUGCUUUAGUCUCCUUUGUAAAGGAGAAAAAUGAAAACAAAAUUAUAGCUUUGCAAUGAAUUUCAUUUUCUUAGCCUUAACCAUCCCUCAUCAUUUUGAACUGGUGUUCUAAACAUGCACAAACAUUCCAUAAGUAAGCAAAAAUAUUUAUAUAUAUUUAUAUGUACAAAAUGCUUGAAUUUUGGCUCUUGAAGCCAACAAGCAAAAGUCACCAAAGCAUAGCCUAGAUCUACAGAUGACUCUUCCCCCUUAUCUUUUCUUUUUAUUGACUGGAAGUGGAUAGGGUUGGGGAAAGUUAGGAUUUCUGCUUGUUGAAAAAGCAUCUUGCACUUUCUCUGUUACUACAAACAAGGCAAAGUAAUUAAGGAAGAAACUGAAUAAUUUUUAAAAGGCUAAAGUUUGUUAACUGCAGCUCAGCCUCUGUAACAUUUCGUUUACUGCAAACUGGCUUUCUCAGAUUUGGUUCCCCACCUGCUCAUAAUAUUAAAGCUUCUCCCUAGUUAAAGGGCGGGGGGAGGGAGGGGAAGUUAGUCUCAAAGUAGUGCAAGGAUGCUAGUUAUAGUGUGUGUGCCUAAUUGUGCAAUGACUUGUGAAAUGAUAGUUUGGUUUGUUUGGGGGGCUUUUUUGUAGCCUUAAGACAAUCUAGGUAAGAUCGUAAAACUCAGCAGUAGAUGAAAUGCAGUGGAAAUGCCAGCCGGGUCACAGAGGAAUGUCUCUAAACUUUCUCAAAAAAAACCAAACAAAAAACAAACAACAACAACAAACAAAAAAACCCAAACCAAACCAAAAAAACCCACCACAACAACAAACUUUGAUGCUGAAGAAGCCAAGGGAGCACAGCAUGGCUCAUUUCUCUCCUGCUGAAUUGAAUUUUCAUUCAUAUGUACUUCUUAAAACUGAUAAGGACUUAUUUAUGGUAUGCAAACUUUGUUUCAAAGAACUGAGAGCAUCGGUAAGACAUACUGAUCACCUUCUAUGCACAGUACUUUCAAGAACUGUCUGUCAUGCCACGAUCCAUUCUUGGAAAACAUUUCUUUUCCCAGUGUGUGAUAUAACGCUCACUAGAGCUUGGAAGCCACUGUGAAGUGGUUUCCACUGUUGUCUCAGUUGAAAAAUGCUUCAAGGGCUUGCAGAAACUCUGCCACUUUUUACUUCAGCCCAUCUGUGCACUUGACACUAGGGCACAGUAUAAAGAAAUCUCAUCUCCAUUUUCCAUUUCUAUUCUCUAUCCUCAACCCUUGUAUAUUUACAAGGAGUCCAAGAAUCCUAAUUUAUAGAAGUACAACUUUGUUUUCUUCAGGUAAUUCCUAGAGAAAAAUGAAUUUGCCUGUUUCCAGACUGACAUUAAGGACAGCAACUCAAACACAGCAUUCCCAUUCUUUACCUCCAGCUAUAUUACUGUGGCCUUCUUUUUUUUUUUUUUUUUUGGUCUAGAGAGGGUACUUUUUACUUUCCUUCUAACAUUUAUUUAGGAGUCUGUCUUGAGCUGGUGAGUAGUGAAAGAAGCCUCCAAUCUUAUUCUUACAUGCCUUAGUCCCCUAGUCCUAAAGCUGAUUUUAGGGAUUAUGCUGCACUGAUAAUUCUGCGCAUCUGUGGUAGUUUCCAAGCAAGGAUUGCAAAGUGGUGUAACAACCUCAGCACUCAUGAGACAUCAUUAGCUUCUCAAACAGGAGCUUCCCCUUUCUUAAUCAGACACCAAGGCACAGCACAGAUAAAGGGGUAAUGAAACUGUAAAGUGGAGUUUGCACUUCUGUGACUAAGGCCAUGUUCUAUCUUUUCAGCUACUUGGUUCUUGUUCAAAUGCACUUUUCCAAACUAGAAAUGAAAGCAUGCUAAAUAUCAUUCUCCUGCUGAAGUAAGGACUGUGGGACUUAGCACAGGUUCCAUCAUACAGGUCAGCAUGAGUCAAAACCAAGUUGCACCGAAGGUAAGAAAAAAUGUGAUAAACAUAGGAGCGCAAACAGUUCAGAGGAACUUAAAGGAGAUAAAUGGAAAAUGUGAAGCUCUACGAUAGUCCAGUAAUGAGUGUGAAAUUCAGGCAAAGAAUUACUGAGUUGAGAAAAGUUGGUGAGGCUUAGAUGGAAUAUGAAGUCUUCCGUCCAUCUCUGUUGUGGAGUUUGCCAUGCCACUUUCUUCUUGGUAGGACUGGUGUAAGAUUGGUUGUAAAACGAACUCAUCUCAAUCUGGCUGAGAAAAACAUUCAAGUGUUGAAGGCUGUUGUUUCUCAGAGGCAAGGAACUCUUAAGCUGAAAACAGGUAUAUAUUUGGCCUGCUAUUAACUAGGAUAUUUGCACCGACAGAUCACAUCAUCUGCUCAUAUGCAAGCCUGUCACCAGUGCUACUUGAUAGAUAUUCAUUCUGGUAACAAUUCUUCCCUAAGCUACCUUUGUUUCCAGAAGCAUUAUGAACUGGAAGCACCCCUGUAUCUUCAUCAUAUCACUGUUGAAAACAGUUAGGAACAGCUGUGCUUUGUUCAGAAAGGGUAUCUUCCUCUUCUUUUGAGCAAAAGCUCUGUCUCUUCAGAAACGUAGCCUUGGAGAAGUUUCCUGCCCUAUGCUUUCCUUUGCUUCCCUCAUUCCAUGCAUUUAAAGCACAUCCAAGUCAUCCUGCAGGUUCUUGGUCAGUCUGGAAGAGUUGACAACACAGAGUUGGUCCUUCAGUUUACAUUUAUAGCAUUGCUUUGCUGGUCCUUUUUGCUAUUUUGCAAAUCUCAGAUGAAACAGGGUAUUGUUUCUGAAGCCUGUACUGAUUGCAAUCACUGUAAGGGUGUUGCCUGCUUUGCCCCAUUAGUGCUGCCCUGUCAGGUUCCUGUGGACACAAAACAGGCAUCAGCACCACCACACCCACUGCUCCAACUGGAAUGGCUGUAACAUUCCUCAGCUCUGGAUCACUGUCAGAGGGGCUUUGACAGGGUCUGGGGAGUCUUUUGGGGUUUUGUUUUAUUUUUAAACCCUUCCACUCUGAUGGGUCUGGUGAACAGCUUUUAGGUAUCACAAAAAGGCCUUAAGUGGUAAACCCCUUUUGUAUCACUUUGCUGAAGUAAUAAUUGCUUGUAUGAGAUGUCAAGGUGGUCCACAUGAUCAGUGGUGCAAAAAUCUUUACCAUGAAAGCAUCAUUUGCUGUAACUGAACAACCCUUGAAUGCCUGGGUGACCUGGAUGAAGAACCCAGUGGGAGUGGACCAUCAUGCCGUGCUGUAGGACCACAGUGUGUACAACCUGACCAGAUACACAAAUGGGGGAAGGGAUAAGUGUAAUUUAGGAUCCAAGCUCCUUGGACAAACAGACUUCAUAGUCAAGAUAAUCUCAGAUGUUUUUCUAAGGCAGGGAAGAUGCCAGGCUUAUGCAGUUUGCUCCCAGCCCUGGCAACUCCAUUUCAAAAAUAAAGAAUCUGGCAAAUACUUUCACACUUCAAGUAUUUACAGUGUGCUCUGGACUUCAGAGUAUUUUGACCUGUUUCCAGUAGUUCCCCAUAAAAGCCUAGAAAGUGAAAAGCAAAGCACCAUCCAGAACCUAAACCCGCUGGUGUCAAAGUAACUUUAUGGUCUUGUUCUCAAUCUGUGUCAAGGUAUAUGCAAAACAUGACUGCUGAACAGUUUGCAUGUCUCUAUGAAAUGGAGUUACUCAUUUGAUGGAAAACAGUUUGCAGGUGUUUUGGACUUUCUUUUCCAACCUGGAUUUUUCUUCUAGUUAUAAGCCUGGCAUUUCAGUACCAAAAUAAAAAAAAUAGCUUGACCCCAUGGUCUGGGGGUGAGAUUAAAGAUAACAAAACUCAGGUUUAAUCCAGAGAUUAAUCUGAUCCUGUGAAGCUAAUCAGCAUGGUCUGACACAAGGAGGCAUUCAAGAGGAACAGUGGGUUUGAGGAGGCAGAGGAAACUUCAGAGGCUGGGUAUGUGGAGGGAGAGGACCCACAUGAUCCCUUCAACUCUCAUCAUUCCAGCAUGUGUGCCCCCCUCCCCUGCUACCUUUGAAUUAAAAAAAAAAGGCUGAUGUUUAACACAUACAGUCCUGCACAGCUGCUUUAGCAACAUAAACCCUGCUUUAGCUACAUCCCUGGCCUCACUCUAUGCCUUUCCUUAUACUAUACAUGAUCAGUAGUCAUCAACCUUGGAGUCACAGCACUGCUGCAUGUCAGCACAGCAUGGAAGUAACAGACUGUGGAAGCACCACAGUAGAAACAGGAACAAUGGGGAUUCUGGAAAAGGAAUCUCUCCCUCAACGUUUUUUUUUCAUUUAUUUUCAGUGUGUGCAACUUACAUUCCAUCAAAUGCAGUGACAGUACCAAACAUGAGGAUGGGCCUUAGCUGGCCAAAGGCUUUCAAGACUACUGGGCUGUGCUCACACCAUCAGCAACUGCAGUUCUGUUGCAAAGUUCCAUAUUCUUUAUAAUUCUAAAGAUUCCUGUUGAAAGCAUAAAUUCCAGAGGUAAACCAUACACUGCAAAUUGCUUUUUUUUUUUUUCUUUUUUAAAACCUUCUCAGAGCAAUUUUAUAACAGCCAAGUCUUUCAGGAAAUGCAGGUGUGUGACCUCUUCCCAGUAAGAGAUACACAACUGUAUUUCUGCACAGGACAGGGAACUACUUUUGUGACACCGGUUUUGUUCUACACAAAGGCACGCUUGCAAUAAAUUUUUACAAGUUUUGUACACCAUGAGCUAAAUUCUGAGUUCCAAAAAUGUGAAGUGUGGCAACAAUAACAAAAUGGAUUUAUAGUAUCACUCUGAUAUCUUGUCAUGUGAUUUUAUUUAUUCGACAAAGUUUGUUUACAAUCAACAACUUUGAAAUACAGUCAGAUAUAUUACCGGUUG